GAGUUCUGAGAAAAAGACAGUUAACGAACAAGAUAGCACACAGGCUCCGCUUGUUAUUUCUUCUUUGGGCCUGUUUUGUACCCAUGAAUAGGAUAAGAAUAACAUCUCUCCCACGAGGCAUGAGAAUUUAAAUGAAAUACUGGUCUUUGCACUAGAAGAUAGCAAUUUCCAUGCAGGAGAAAUUAACUUCAAUUCGUGGGCAGAGACAGCAACGUGAUGAGUACAUUCCUCCCUCUCCCAUCUCAUCCCAAAGUGGCCCUGGAAACUCAUCCGGGAAUGAAAUACAGCCCCCUUCACACGGCGGACUUUGCCCGGACCCCAGUCAGUACGAACCUCUGGCGUUCCAUCACCCCGGCUCCUCCGACCCUUGAACAGCCUCUCUUGCUCGGAAGCUCAGGUCACCUCCAGUCCAGGUUGACCCGGGAGGGUGACCCUCUUCCAUUCCCAGCACUAUGCCGGGUACUAUGGAAACUCUGCGGUUCCAGCUGCUGCCCCCGGAGCCAGAUGAUGCCUUCUGGGGUGCACCCUGUGAACAGCCUCUGGAGCGCAGGUUACCGCUGCUUCAAGGCAGUCCUCUUCCUCACUGGGUUGCUGUUUGGCUCAGUGGUCAUCUUCCUGCUGUGCUACCGAGAGCGGGUUCUGGAGACGCAGCUGAGUGCUGGGGCAAGCGCAGGCAUCGCGCUGGGCAUAGGGCUGCUCUGCGGGCUGGUAGCCAUGCUGGUGCGCAGCGUGGGCCUCUUCCUGGUGGGGCUGCUGCUCGGUCUGCUGCUCGCUGCUGCCGCCCUUCUGGGCUCUGCUCCCUAUUACCAGCCUGGCUCCGUAUGGGGCCCCCUGGGGCUGCUUCUGGGAGGUGGCCUGCUCUGUGCCCUGCUCACGCUGCGCUGGCCCAGACCGCUCACCACCCUUGCCACUGCUGUGACUGGUGCUGCCCUCAUCGCCACUGCUGCAGACUAUUUUGCUGAACUGCUACUGCUAGGGCGCUACGUGGUGGAGCGACUGCGGGCUGCGCCUGUGCCUCCCCUCUGCUGGCGGAGCUGGGCCCUGCUGGCACUCUGGCCCCUACUUAGCCUGAUGGGCGUUCUGGUGCAGUGGAGGGUGACAACCGAGAGGGACUCCCACACAGAAGUGGUCAUCAGCCGGCAACGAAGGCGAGUGCAGCUCAUGCGGAUCCGGCAACAGGAAGAACGCAAGGAGAAGCGGAGGAAGAAGAGACCCCCUCGGGCUCCUCCCCGAGGUCCUCGGGCUCCUCCACGGCCUGGUCCCCCAGACCCUGCCUAUAGACGCAGGCCAGUGCCCAUCAAACGCUUCAAUGGAGAUGUCCUCUCCCCGAGUUACAUCCAGAGCUUCCGGGACCGGCAGACUGGGAGCUCUCUGAGCUCCUUCAUGGCCUCACCCACGGACACAGACUAUGAGUAUGGGUCCCGGGGGCCACUGACAACCUGCUCGGGACCCCCUGUGCGGGUGUAGUCAUGUUCCCUGUCUAGACUCUGCAGUCACCAGCUCUACCAGCUUAGAGAGUCCUGCCAGGCCACUACUGAGGCUGCAUGGCCCUGUGGUCUUUGACUGUCUCUCUCCCCUCCUUGGAGAGGGUUGGCCAGCCACCAGAAGGGAGGCUGUGUCUCAGGCUAGGUGGGCCUGGCCUGAGGGAGAAGCUCCGGUCCAAGCUCCCGAGGGACUCGGGAUGUGAGCCCCACUGGGAUGUGCUCAGGGUUCUGUGUUGCCCAUAUAUGUGUGUGAAGGGGGUAGGCUUUGAGGGGACACUGGGACCCUUGCCUUAGAUUCCUAUUGGCAGGGCUUCUUCAGGGCCAGCCCUGCCUCCUGUCCCACUGCUGGGGUCCCAUGGGCCACUCUCCUGCAUGUCUGUGAGGAAGAGGCCUGCCUGCCUCCCCUAUUGCUCUACUUCCAGCCACUCAUCUAAGGGUUCUUGUCAUUGUCCAUGGAGCUAAUGGCAGCACCCCUCACCUUGGUCCCCUGGCCUCCGCAAAGCAACCAGCCUGAAGAGCCUUGGCAGGGGAUGGGGGCGGGGAGUGUUGUUCUUGGUUGGGUUUGGGAGGAGGGUGGAGGGAGAAGGGCUUAAAUGCACGGUGCAUGUCUGGUGUCUUUUGUGCCACCCUAGACACCUCAUGCUUCUGUCCCUUCCCACCCUGUUUAACAACUUUUAUAAAUGUGCCAAACUA